AUGGCCGAAUCUUCAACUAAGGUCCUUUCUGAGCGCAUAAAACUUCAAAAAGGGCACCGACACAUCAAGGAUGGUCACAUUAUGAUACCAUGCCCUCUGAAUACACCCGAUCUCCAGGCAGGCCAAGAUAUUGUCACCGUGCUCUAUAACCACAUGGGAAGUCUCGUACUCGAAUAUGAUUCCUCCUGGGUGGAGAAGUCCGGGUUUAGAGUGCGAUCUACCGAAGUCGAAGCAAUGCGACUUGUCUUUAAGUAUACCGAUGUUCUAGUUAGUCCCUGA